AUGCUCCUGUAUGACACCAUCAGAGGUGAGCUGAAAGCGGAAGGUAAAGACAAAACAUUGGACAAAAAUGUGAUUAAUGAAAAUAUAAAAAAAUACGACCGACAUAAGCUGAGGGCCAUACUCAGGAAAUACAUUCGGCACAACAAUAGACUGCUAAACUAUCAUAGGUACAAAGAAGUAAUAGACAAUUUUGAGCCUUUUAAAAAUGUAUUUAUCAUAUACAGUAAUAGCUUCCUAAAUAGGAACAAAGUUUUUAAUUACACCUUUAGAUAUUCCAAAAUUAUAAAAAUACUAUACUUAAAUAGAAAAGGGAAAAGACUUAUAUAUGGGGAUAAUAAUUACUUGAAGGAAAACACCCUUAGGGGAAAUAAAAAAGGAAGGAACAGUGAUAGAAUAGGAUUACUACUGGACGAUAAUAAAUUCACGAAGGAAGAAAAACCCAAUGGGGAAAAAAAAUAUCAAGUCAUUAACUUUUUUUAUAAUUUAAAAAAAAGUGAUUAUGAUAAAUUGGACAAAGUUUUGGACAAAAGUCAGAUAGCCCUCCCGUCAUUUAGCUACUUUGAUAUUUACCUAUUUAGCAAUAACAAAAAAUUAAAAUAUGAAAUUAAUAAGAAAAAUAUAAAAUAUAUUGACAUCAAUUCUGUCCUAUAUUAUCUGUACGUCCCUGUAAUAAUUUCCUACAUCCAUUUGAAGGACUUCCACAAUGCGAAGAUUAAAUUCUUUGAGUAUAUCUACCUGAAGAGGAAGUUUAGACAAAUUAAUAAAUACUGCUCCGAAAGCGAAAAAAGGAAAUUGAGGAUUACCACCCUGAUAUCGUCCAAACUGAAAAAUAAGAUAUAUAAUUAUUACGACAACCUGUUGUAUGAGAAGAAGCCGUCUUCCAUCUUUUCAAAAUCCAGUGGCGAAAAGGGAGGACAGGGCGCACACAAAAAGAAAGCAAUUAAAGAUAGUAUAGCGAUACGAAGUAACGGAAUCCGUACAAGAAUUAAGAACAAAUUUAUAAUAUCUGGAAGGAAGAACAAACGAGACAAUUCCUUCAAGGAGCGAGCAACGGGCAGAACCACCAUUGCAAUUAGGAAGAGCAAAAGGAAGAAUUCCUCUCUGCAUGGAAGUGAUUGGCCCGCCGCGUCUGAUAGUUUGCCCGUGGAAUCAUCAAACGGGUUGACUCAACCCAAAGGAGGGGAAAUAUGUCCCCCCUCAGUGAAAGAUAACACAGAAGCGAAUGUUAUCAGAGAAAGUGGAAGUCCUUCGAUUUACAUCACGAGAUGA